UGAUAUGAAGUGUUGGUUAACCCAAAAGACAGGGGGGAAGUGCAGAGUUAAAGAGCGGAGGCGAUGGGGUCAUCGGCGUCGAAAAUGGUGGAAGAGAGGGCGGGGGAACAGGCGUAUACGCCUGGACCUGGAUAUCGGCAGUUCAGUGGAAGAAAUGAAUUCCCGUCCAACAUUUUGCACGGUGUAUUAGCUUGUGCGUUGUGGAUUGGAUCUAUGCAUUUCAACGCCUCCGUCCUCCUCCUCUCCCUUCUAUUCCUUCCUUUCUCCAAAUUCCUUCUGGUGGUUGGAAUCCUAGCGGCUUUCGCCGUUCUUCCAAUCGAUGAAAACAGUAUAUUUGGGCUGAGGCUGGCCAGGUAUAUAUGUAAGCAUAUGAGCAGUUAUUUUCCGGUCACUCUCCACGUCGAGGACAUCAACGAUUUCCGCCCCGAUCGUGCUUACGUUUUCGGUUACGAGCCACAUUCGGUGUUGCCGAUCGGAGUUGUGACGCUUGCUUCACGUACGGGUUUCAUGCCUCUUUCCAAACUGAAAGGCCUUACUACCAGUCCCGUGUUCUACGUUCCAUUCUUGAGGCACAUAUGGACAUGGUUGGGUGCUACACCAGCCACGAGGAAGAACUUCUGUUCACUGUUGGGAGCUGGUUACAGUUGUAUUGUAGUGGCUGGUGGAGUCCAAGAGACAUUCCUCAUGCAGCAUGAUUCUGAGGUUCCAUUCUUGCAUCUUCUCUGUUCUUGUUUCUUGCUGGUUCAAUCAAACCCAGUUUUGAUUCCGUGUGUUUAUUUCUGGAAAUUACAGGUUGCAUUCCUCAAGUCACGAACAGGAUUUGUUCGGAUAGCUAUGGAAAUGGGGUGUCCACUUGUCCCUGUUUUCGCCUUCGGACAGUCAUAUGCGUACAGGUGGUGGAAACCAGGUGGCAAGUUCAUCCUGCAGCUUUCAAGAGCUCUUAAAUUCGUCCCCAUGCUAUUUUGGGGGGCUUUUGGAACUCCGAUACCCUAUCAACAUCCAAUGCAUGUGGUGGUCGGGAAACCCAUUUACUUGACCAAAAAUCCCCAACCUACCAACGAAGAGGUACGUGAGGUACAUGCCCAGUUUGUAAAAGCUACUCAAGAUCUGUUUGAGAGGCAUAAAGCUCGGGUGGGAUAUGGUGAUCUUCCAUUAAAGAUCCUUUGAUCCCAGGUUGUGUGGUUUCAACGAUGCCUAAUGUUCGUUUCAUUUGCCACUCUCCUUUACCUUCUUAAUUCAAUAUCGAUGCCCGAAACAAGUAACCCUAAUAACAGCUUUGGAGAAGCUUGGCUUACAUGCAUGUAUCUGAAUAAGGCCCUUCCUUUUUAAAACUCUAUAUUUGGGAAACUGUAUGCACCAUCAGAGAUGGAUGUAUAAUUUUAUGUUACACGAGGUGAAUUUAAACUUA